CUUUUUCACACGUCGCGUUGUGUUUGCGUUACGUACGUCACCCAGAUGUCAUUUUCUGUCAAAAUCGUCAAGACCCAACAUUCCUAAUUUUUCUAGAAAAACGGGAUUUCCUUGGCACAGCAGUGACACGCCUCACCAACCCCACGAAAAAUGUCUUUAAACACCGCCCACAUAAACGGAGGCGUGUUGAUCCACGCCGGAGAACAGAUUCUUCUGUACUCGGACAACUGCAUCGUGGAAUGGUCGGGCCAGGGCGAGGGGGCCUUCAAGGGCUCCAAGCAGGGUCGCCUCUACCUGACCACCCAUCGGCUCAUCUUCAACAACAAAAACAUGAACGACGCAAUGCAGUCUUUCAGUUUCCCCUUUAUCACGCUGAGCGAGGUGGAGAUUGAACAACCAGUAUUUGGAGCCAAUUACAUAAAAGGGAAAGUUAGAGCUCAGCCUAAUGGCAACUGGGUAGGAGAGGCCAAGUUUAAGUUAACCUUUAAGCGCGGCGGCGCCAUCGAGUUCGGCGAGGCGAUGCUCAAAGCUGCGUACUUGGCAACGAGAGGCAUGAACAACGAUGCCCCGCCCCCGUACGUCCCUCCCGACACGCAGUGGUACGCCGCCCCGCCCCCAGCGUACGCCCCGCCCCCGGAAGGCUACUACGGCUGGGCGCCGCCGAGGCACGCUUUCCCCGACAACCCCCCGACCGACGGCGUGUACAUGACCCAGGCUCCGCCCCCGUACCCAGGUAUAAACCCCGCCUACCAACCGGGCGGUUACCCGCAGCAGGGCGGGCAUCCGCAGCACGGGGGUUUCCCGCCCCAGAGAGGCUAUCCUCCGCAGGGGGGCUACCCGCCGCAAGGGGGCUAUCCGACGCAGCCAGGCUAUCCGCCGCAACCGGGGUAUCCGGCGCAAGGGGGCGCCUCCGGGUUUACGUCAGCAGCAGAUGCUAAGGCGGCCGAGGCGGCUCAGUCGGCUUACUAUGAUCCGAAUAGGCCACAGAUGGCGUUCGUACCACCACCGGCCUACUAUGAAAAUCCCCCAAGUUACAGCCAAGCCACCAAAAAAGACCAGUGAUUUUCUGGAAAAUGAUGCGCGUCGUGAAUAAAUUUGUCUUUAUUACUCUGACCGUAAUUGUGUAUUAUUUUAAUUAUUUUCUGUUAAAGUUAUGUAUAUUGUUGUUUGAAUAAUUUUAUCAUUCCGUUGAAUAGGUUAAACCUGAGCACGGUCACGCAGGUGCGCAGGGCUUUAGAUUUAGUUACUAAAGUUUAAACAUCGUUGAACUCACAAAUAAUAAUUGCAUGCUUAUUCCAGCAGCGUUGUUGUGUAAUAAAUAUUUUAAAAGGUUUUGCACCCGCUUAACGAAUUAUGUAUAAAUAGUUAAGAAUUAUUGUAAUAUAUUCUUAUAAUGUAUAGAUAGAUCUGUAUUCUCAGUUCAAAAUAAAGAUCUUAUGUGGACUUUU